CACAAUGAUGAUCCUCGCCGUUCCUGAAUGAAACGGGGCCCGACCAGUCCCGUCCAGUCUCGGGUAAACAAACAAUCGCAUCGGCAGUAGUGCCAGCAGCAUCGGCAGCAUCGGCAGCAUCGGCAGCAGCAGCAGCAGCAGCAGCAUAUUAGCCGCCAGGCAGUACGGCGUAUCCGCGUGAGUGGCGGUUUGGUGUGUGUGGUGGCCACGGGAUAAUCGGUCAGUGGAAGACAACUGGUUAACAAUAUUUACAAUUUAAGUUUUUAAUAUUAAAACAGAUAUAUUGGCUCUCCGAUGGUUUAUGCCAACGGCGUGUGAGAUAGCCGCUCCGGAUGCUGGAUUUGGUGAUGCCAACAGCGUGCUCGUCGUAGCAGGCGGUUUGAAUUUGAAUGUUUGUGUGUUGGUAAGGCCGUGUCACAGGCAGGCUGGAAGUAAAGGGCAGCAGUAAGCCAUGAAGCAGUUGUGCGCGGUGAUUUGUGUUGGUAAAAUGCACUUCCAAUUUAAGUGCUGCUUCUAAUGGUUCCAUAGUUCCAGCUGCUCCCUCCACAAGUGCAUUUCUGUGUGAGUUUGUGCGUGUGUGAAUAAGCGUGUUUGUAUCGCUGUGUACUGGUUCAAGGCCAACAACCUCCCGGUCAAGGGGGGGUCUGGGGAGAGUCCCGAGGUAAAAGUGGUGAUAAAAGCGCCAAACCGCGAACCACUUUGCGUGUGCGUCGUGUCGCUGUAGGAGGAAACCCGGUGGUGGCAACAAAUUUAUCUUGCAAGAAAAGUGGAAAAUAGAAAGAGAGUGGAUAAUUAAAUACAACAUAAUGAACUUCUUGAAGCGGUUCCAUCCGUGCUGGCCGGCGGUGCACUCCGUCUGCUAAAGUUUCCCUGGUGCCGUCCCUGGACGGACGGGCCGUGGCCUAAACCUGCGUUUCACAAACACACUAACCUGAAAGGCAUCCGAGUGUGUGUGUGUGUGUUUGUUGGGAGUGUUUCCUGGCAGUCUUCCCCCCUCCACCUCACCUCCCCUCCCUUUAUUUUGUGCAUCCCAUCGGCGAGGUACGGUGUUGUGUUUCGCGCCCAAUAGUGGGCCGUUAGUGUGUGUGUGUGUUGGGGAAAAUUUAUGUACCACAAACACCAUCCGGCCAUCCCAUCCCUAGGCACGGUUAAAGCACUCUUCUGAAAGCCAGAGUGCAUCAACAACAACAACAACAGCAGCAGCGGUGUCAGUGUGUCGUGUCAGUGUCUGUGUGUGUGUGUAGUUUGUGAAGGAUCCUGAAGGAGUUUGCUCUAUCUUGUUAGUGAAAUUGUUUCAAAUUCCGUGUUGAAAGUUGCACCCUUCAACUACAGAAGCGAAAAGCGAGCAGGGUGAGUGCAUUUCAUACGAAUUUCCACCCACCACUUGUGCUUUGUGUGCGUGUGUGUGUGGGCUUUAGUGUGUAUGUGAGAGUGAAAUUCUCAGAAGAAAGCAAAGUUCGCCAUUCGAGGCUUGAAACUUGUUGAUUAAUUUCACCGGUCGCAAAGCGCUUGGCGCUUUUAAAACAGGAAAUGAAUCUACAGCCAUUCGCCUGGCGGGUGCACACUCUUGUUUGGUGUCGAUCUGUGCUCAGUGCAUGCUACGAUUAAGUGAGUGUGUCGAGCCAAGCAGUAGGGCAGCAAACUGGUGCGAUCUAAGCCCAUAACACUCGUAACACUUCGUAACGGUGGCAGCCACAGAGUGAAUGCACGGGAGAAGCAGAUUAACACACAUCGUUCCCUCAUCCUGGACCUGGAGUGCAGUUGCAAGACGCAGCCAGCACACCUGUAUUGAAGUCACGAAAAGUACAACGACAACAAAUUGACACGGUUUGCUGAAUUCGUUCCUCUCACCCAGAGCGGUUUGUUUGGAUCAAUUGAGACCCGCAUUUCGAUUGACGACAGCAACUGAACCACCCCAUAAAGCCUUGACCCAAAGAAAGGUUUCCACAUACGCACCCCGACGCUUUGGUAGAUGUAGAUCGAGCCUUGGAAUUUCCCUCGUCUCGUGCUGCUGAGGCAGGUCGGAAGUGAACGAUACGGGCGUUGCUUGACAAAAGAGUAGCAGGUUUUCUCGCCAAGCCAUCCCAUCGCCAGUAGCAACGCGUCGAUCAUAGAGGGCAUACGGUGUUGCGCCACAGCUAGAAAAUAGUCUGCACUAGUGUCGUGUUGAGCGAGAUCCAUCCAUUGAGAGCCGUCACCCUGAAACGAGGCACCGGUGCAUGGGACGAUAAGAACCGUUCGCUUGCACACCGACCCGAAACCCGAUGAAAUGAGCCGCUAUGUGGACCUACAUGAUGGCAGCGGCCCGAGGUGACCGGGCAAUGUCAUCGAUAUCGUCACGUCAUCAGAGCAAUCGGAAUGAGUUUGACUCGCCAAGCAUUUACCACUUCAAUCGAGUGCAACGACCACUGUACAACACGACGCACCGGGCACCACAGCUCUCCAAUGGACCGGUCAGCAUUAGUACGACUCCGUUCGGGAGCAACACGAUCUACCAGAGCUACAUGCCGCAGACCGCUUCGCUCGACAGCUUCAACAGUGGGGCCACGAAUCCCAGCUUCUCGACCACGGGUGGCACACCGCCGCCGCCGCCGAUCGGUGGAUCCGGCCGUGUUGCGCCGGCCACCGGAAGCGGCACCACACCAACGGCCGGGCGGCGACAGCAGGCCGCAGCAGCGUUACCCUUCACGACCCGCAACCGGCCUGAGGUAGCUACGGAGCUGCCGGUCACGCCGAAGAACAACCAUCUAAGCCAAGCUGUGAUAGAGAGCGAGCGGGGCGAUGUUCAGGUAGGUGAAUGAGUGUGCACGGGAAAGUGAAUCGUUAGUGAAUAUAGCAAAGUUAUGACUUGGCUAUGAGUUUGGGAAUCAACGUGAAAAAAGCAAUGGAAAUGGUGAAAAGCUCUGCAAUUAAAAGGAGAAGGUGUAUAAAUUAUGUGUGUGGCCAUGACUACUUCUUCUAGUUAAUGUUUGAAAGUGAUGUUGUUAGUAA